AGAGCUACUUCCGGCGGCCCUGCCCCCACCCCGGGGAGUCUCCAUUUUGGCCGGUGGUGGAGUCGCAGGCGGGACUAGCGGAGUAGCAGAGCGGAGUUAUCAGGCCUCGGAGGGCCGAGAAGGCUCACCGCAUUUCCUUACUUCCUCUGCCCGCAGAAGCCCGGGACGCGCAUGGCGGGCCUGGAGGUGCUGUUCGCAUCGGCGGCGCCGGCAAUCACCUGCGCGCAGGACGCGCUCGUCUGCUUCCUUCACUGGGAGGUGGUGACGCACGGCUACUACGCCCUGGGCACCGGCGACCAGCCGAGUCCCAGUGACAAGAAGUCAGAACUGCUGCCUGCAGAGUGGAGCAACAAUAAAGACCUGUAUGCCCUCCGGUACGAAUCUAAGGACGGGUCCAGAAAGCUCCUGCUGAAGGUUGUCACCGUGGAGAAGAGCGUGAUCAUCAACGUGCUGGAAUAUGGCUCACAGCAAGUGUCAGACUUGACCCUGAACUUGGAUGAUUAUAUCGAUUCAGAACACCUGCGUGACUUCGACAGGACCUACAAGAACAGUGAGGAGCUUCGGUCUCGUAUUGUGUCUGGAAUCAUCACACCUAUCCAUGAGCAAUGGGACAAGGCUAAUAAUGUAAACUGUCCACAGCGGGAGUUUCCCCCUGCCACUGCCAGAGAGGUGGACCCACUCCGGAUUCACCCACCCCACCCGCACACCAGCCGGCAGCCUCCCUGGUGUGAUCCUCUGGGCCCGUUUUCUGUCGGGGGAGAUGACCUAGACCCCUUUGGGUGUCGGAGAGGUGGCAUGAUUGUGGAUCCCCUGAGAUCCGGCUUCCCAAGAGUUCUUAUUGACCCAUCCUCAGGCCUCCCAAACCGGCUUCCUCCAGGCGCUGUGCCCCCGGGAGCGCGCUUUGACCCCUUUGGACCCACUGGGACCAGCCCAUCUGGACCUAACCCAGACCAUCUUCCCCCGCCGGGCUUCGAUGACAUGUACCUGUGAAGGCCUCAAGAAUGUAACAUCCCAUCCUUUCCUUCACUCUCCUGGAGCUGCCAUCACUAGCCCCGUCAGCAACCGUGUUUUUACGGGCUGGGGGCAAGGGACUCUGCCCAUGUGUUUGCAGGCCGGCUGGGAUUGCCUCCCCACCCUCUGUCAGAGCCAAGGCGCCUGCUGCAGCUCUCCACCUGGCUGCAUAUAGGUCCCAAAGAGAAAUCAGUAUGUCUCUCUCACCACCAGCCUGUCCCCACUUCCCAAAGGAGACUCCGGCAACAUAUACCCUCGACCUGAUGCAGUGCUAUAAGAACAGAACGCAUUUUGGAUGAUAUUAUUAAGAACCAAAUGUCAAUACAAAAAUCAUGUUGCCGUC